AUGGAGUCCGCGUCCGGCCGCUCCGUCCAGGCGCCAGAUGCCACCAUACAGGCAGAGGGCCGGUACAGGCUGGACGUCCUGGGUGAAUUCACUGGGCGGGCCUCGCGGCGCCGGCUUGACCCAAAAUUGGCGUGGACCGCUGAGCUGGAGCGCAGCAGCCGCCAGGGGUGGACACAUCAGCGCCAACUGCGCGCCAAGCUGGCGCAUGACAGUGACCGAGACAGGCGGUACGCGCUGCUGCUGGGGGGAUUCAUAGAGGAGAGCGCAGCGCUGAGGCUUAGCGCAUACAGCGCGCCCGACGCUGAGCUGUCCGCCAGCGUGGACAUUGGCGGCACGCGACUAACCGGCACGGUGCGGACAGACCUGCACCAGGGUUCCUUAUUGGAGCUGCAGACAGGCCCCAGUGCCAGAUCAGGCAAUGAUGCCACGUCAGCGGUCCACAUCAGCACCAAAGCAGGCAACGGCGCCACGUCAGCAGGCACCAAUCCUGGCAGCCCCAUCCCAGUCAGUGUUCACGCCAGCACAGAUGGCAAGCGGCAGGCUGUAAAUGCAGCAGUAAUUUCGCAAGCCGGGAGCACUGAAAGCAGGAGCAAGGACAGCGGGAGUAUGCAGAAGGGGGUUGAUAGCGCGAUGGAGGGGUGUGCAAAGGAUAGGGGCAGGGGAGCUGAGGUGAAUGGCAGGGUAGACGCCUGUUUUGGCGCGGCAGGGGAGUGCCUGAUCGAACGCCUGAGCCGCCUCUCAGCCACCGGCACUGCCCAGAAGGUUAGCCAGGGGGCUGCGAGCCGUGGAGCGAAGGAUAAUGCAAGAGUGGGCGAGAGGGUGACGAACCCGCUGCAACGGGUGCGCACGUACGUGGCGUUCCCUUUCGGCGCUCAAUCGCGCGGUGGGUGGCGGCUGGAGCUGCGUCAGCGCCUGGGGCGUUCCCUCCAUGUCGAUGCGCGACUGAAGGGCGGCCAGGUGAAGCUGAGGGAGGGGGAUUUGCUGGAGGGCAGCGGCGUUAUCAACCACGGCAGCCCUAAACCCGACGCCUCAUCAGGCAACGGCGCGGCAAAAGCUCCUGUUGCCCCAAGGGGCGCGCUGCAGGGUUUUUUGAAACUCGCCGUGCAGCGGGAGGGAACGCCGUGGAGCACCUCCCUGGACCUCGGCUCAAAAUCUGCAGGUCCUGCAGUGACGUGCCGGUGGCGCAAGCAAGGGACCCAGCAGGAGCAGCCGGUGCCGCCACAUCAGCGCACCACAUCAUCCGGCGCGGGAGGAAACGCCAUGUGGCAUUCCUGGCAUCUAAGCAGGCUCGAGGUGGCGGCCAGAGAGGGCGCUGAGAGCUGGGCAGAUCCCUGGCUGGAGGCAAAGGCAGUGCUCAAGGGCUGGAGCCACCGAGUGGCGAGCGCGCAAGCAAAAGUGUUUCUGCCCCUUUAG